UCCUUCACUCCAGCAGCAGCAGCAGCGGGUAAACAGACCUCCAGGAUGUCGCUAGGCGCUAAGUUUUAGCAUUAAAUAUUCAAUGAUACAAACGAUUAGCAUUAAUACAGAAGCUCGCGGUGGGUCAUUUCUAAACGCAGGAAGUGAUUGGAAGCAGCUUACUCAAAAUUUACGCUUUUGUAACAUUACAAUGGCAGCUGAAUGCGACUAUGUCUGCGUUACGUCAAGCUGAGCAGGCUAAGCUACGUGCUAGCCGCGGCUAAUUUUCAGUUGGUGUUUGGAAUGGUACAGAGCAGCGCGAGCUCCUCCAGACAUGGCAGCUGGCGGCUCUAUGGAGUCGACGUUAGACAGGAAGUUUCAAAAUGUGACAAACACGAUGGAGUCGAUUCAAGGACUGUCAACGUGGUGCAUCGACAACAAGAAAUACCACAGCCUGAUCGUGCGACACUGGUCCAAGUGCUUGAAGAAAUCUGAUGCCGCACACAGACUCAACCUGUUUUACCUCGCCAACGAUGUCAUUCAGAACUGUAAAAGGAAAAAUGCCAUUGUUUACCGCACUGCGUUUGCUGAGGUGCUCCCUGAGGCCUUCGUGCAGGUCAACUAUGAAGGUGACGCCAAGGUGAUAAAAUCAGUGGAGAGGAUACUGUCCAUCUGGGAGGAAAGGAGUGUAUAUUCAGGGGCACUUAUUGCUGAGCUCAGAAGCAGCUUAGUCAAAGAAGAGUCUCCUCCUGAGACACCUGUGGAGCAAAAAACUCCAGUUGAGUGCAAAGCAGAUCUCCGGUCCAAGAUUGUUGCCGAGUUUGUGCCCCAGGCAUUAAUAGACCAUCUGACCAAGUACAAGAGAUCUCUGGAGGAGGUGGACCUGAGAGAAAAACAGUUGACAGCUAUGAGGGUUGACAUCUGCAGUUCUGAAGCCCUCAAGAAACUCAAAGAUAAGGCAGGAGGAAAGAAGUUUUCAAGGGAUUUUGAGGAAGGAAGCGCACAGCUACAGGAAUUUGUUAAGUUCUUUGACAAAAAAAGCAAAACAGGACCUCCUCUCCUGGAGGCUUUAUGCAACGCAGAUAUCUUCUAUGAGACGCAGUACAAGGAGGUCAAGAUUGUUGCUAAUGCCUACCAAACAUUUGCUAACCGGGUGUCCCACCUGAAGCGCAAGCUGGACAGCCUGAAGGCCACCUUACCAGACCUGGAUGAGUCACCCAUUCCUUCACCCUCUGCAGACGCACCGUCUCCAACGGGCUCUGAGUCCCCUUUCCACGGUCUAGGAUUGACCAGCCCUGAUCCAGAUCUUGAUGGCUCCGCGAUGGAUGAUGAAGCGGAGCCACCGGCUCCGAGCCCUCUGUCCUCACCUGGAGGAUCCCCCAAACACACCGUGACGCUCGGGGAGAAUGAUAAUCGUGAGGUGGAGGACAUGGAGCUCUCCGACGAAGAAAUGGACAGUGGGGGCAUUAUAGUCGAGGAGCAGGUUGAACGCCCCGCCAACACACAGGUCUCCAUUCCAGUCUCUGCAAACACUGAGCCAUCAGUAGCAACAGAGCACCCAGUCCCACAGGCCACGACCCCUGAAGCAGCUCCUGCAGCGGGUGUGGAAGGUGUUGACCUGAGUAAAAUUGGCUCCAUCCUCAACAGUUUAAAUUCGGUCAUAAAGAACCCAGGGCCAUUAGUGGAGAAUCCUUCUGCAGUUGCCCUCACUGGCUCCUCAGUGAAGACCAAGCCUGCUGCCUCUGUGGCCUCUCAAGAUGCCAGUUCUCUGGUCAACAUCCUUUCCAAGGUGGACGUGAGUCCUGCAGAGCUUCUUGGUGCUCUGUCCAAAGUCCAAGGCCAAAGCCAAGGCAGCCUUGAGGGCAUCAAUUCUCUUCUGAGCAGCUCAACUACAAAUGUCUCUUCAGACUCUUCAAGUACAGGCAAGAUUCCUCCCUCUUCUGCAUCCACAUCUGCAUCCGCAGUACCCUCUCAGAGCCUGUCUCUCUCCUCUGUUCCACCUGUGCCUUCUUCACCCAGCUCCACUGUAAGGCAGACCCCAAGCUCCCAAGCUCCCCCUCAGACUACCAACCCAGCCUCUGCUCUGGUACAAGCUCUCCAUAGAGACAUGGAUUUGACAACAGAGACAGAACCCUCCUUGUCCUCUAAGAGUUUAGAGUCUAAAAUCCACAGCUUUCUGCACGGUAACCCUGCUUUCAGUACCUUUGACUUGGGUUUCUCCGCAAACCCAGCUGGUGGAGGGGAUAACCUGAGCCCGGUACCUGGAACAGAUACUCAGGAUGGGACCCCAGUGCGGGAUGAGGGUGGAGGCACCCCAACUCAAGAUGAGAUCAUGGACAAGCCAGUGGGGCUCCCGUUCACUUCCAGCUCAAAGCCAUCAUCUAUUGGAGAAACUGUAAAAACAGUUCCCAUUGCCUAUCAGAACAGCACUCAGCAGAACCCCAACAAUCCCCAUCAGCAAGCCCACUUGCAGCCGGGUGUGGCUCAGAAUGGGAAGCUCUACCAGCCAUACCCAUAUAGUGAACAGGAGAUGUCAGAGCAUGGGAUUACAACACCUGUUGCACGGUACCAACCGAUUUCUGCACAAAGUGGAGGGCCUGUGCCUGGAGAAAGAGCCCCAGGCAGUGCCAAUUGUACACAGACAGUUGGGGGUUUUCAGGGGGUGAGUGAAAGGGGUUGGUAUGGUGACACUUACCCAGAGGGGAGCUCUCAGCAACCCGCAGGCUACAAUGUGAUAAUGCCUGGAGGGGCUGGAGAAAACAAAAUAUCAGGACACUAUCCGUACCAAGCAGAACAACCUCAGGGACCUCAAGAGUUGGCCUCCCAGCAGGGCUCCGUCUCAUCCUCUGGUUUCUACAGAAACACCCUUCCUCCUGUCCCUAAGUUACCUCCCCCUCCCCUUGGCUUUGACGACCCAACUUCCGCAAGCAGCAGUGCAAUGAUUCUCCCAGAGCAGCAGCAAGCACCCAACGCCGACACAGGGGAGAUGCUUAGGACCAGAGGUGACAGCGUCAUCAGUGGGAUGGUGAUCCACGACCAUCAACACAAAUCCAUGUUUCAUCCAGGCGAUCCGCCGUAUGACCUUGACCGACAACGGCAUCACCCUGCGGAUUUACACCCUCACCCAGACGACUUGCAUUACCAGGAAGACCUCGAGAGGUACCAUGAUGAGUUGCGCCAUCGUGAUGGCGCUUUCUUUCAAGACGAUCCUUACGGCCACCCAGAGGAUCCAUACUACAGGCCAGGCAGCCCUUCACACCACUACCCCCGAGAUCGAGGGCGCUUCACUCCCCCACUCUCACCCUCAGAAGACGCUUACUAUGCCCCUGACUACCAACAGCAUAGCCCCCCUCCUCCUCACUACACUCCUAGGAGACCACCACCUCAUCUUGAAAUCCGUCAUCCUGGCAUGCGGCCUCCACAUCGGCCUCCGCACCCAGCACACCACCCACACCCCAGAGGACCACCACGGGCACCAUUUCCUCGCUUCCAUGGGCCCGAUCCAAGGUUAAGAGGCAAACGUCCAGUUCAAGGAGGAAGGGGAAACGCUGGACCAAUGUUCCCCCCGAAAAGACCUUUUCCACCCCCACGGUACUGACUGAACAUAUAGCUUUGAGCUCUGAAAACCGCUGUGGGUGUCAUGAAGGCUGAAGCAGGACUGUGUUGAGAUCCACAUCCUGGCAUUGGAAGAGAGAUCUGAAAUAUAAAAAGGGGUGCAUAAACAUGCAGAGACUGAGGUGGGCAUCAGAGUAUAUUAUACUAUAUUGAAGAAGAAAGAAAUCAACAGCUACCUGACGGAAAGCAGAUACCACAUCUUCUAAAAAUGGCGAAGAAUAAAAGAUGUUUAGAAGGCUGAGGAAGAACACCGAGAGAUGUAAAAGAAACCCGGGGGCUCUGAGAACGCUGCUGGGCUGAAAAGUGAAGACAGAAGAUUAAAGAAAAUAAGAGGUGGAUAUAUAUAAUUCACUUUUUGUGUUAUUUGCUCCAGUAUGAAGCAUUUCAUUAAAUAUGUAAUUGAGCAUCAGUUUGAUAUAGGUCAGAGUGUGUGCAUGGUAUGCGCGUGUGCAUGCGGUCAAGUGUAUGUCAAAUAGUCACAGACCGUUCCUCAUUUUUUUCCAAGUUAAUUCCGAAGAUAGUUAUUUUUGCUAAGCGAGUAACAAAAGAAUGUAGUUGGUGCAAUGUUUCUGCUGUCAUUUAGUUUUUCAGUGAGCAGUUUUGACUACUUCUCUUCCAUAUCAGCAAUAUCCCAGCAGCUUUUGGUAAAACAUCAAUUUAAAUUUAACUUUUUUGGGGGGGUGGGGUGGGGGGGGAGUGUUUGUUAUAGAAUUUCUGUUCCUUCUACUAUACACGUUAGCAUAUUGGGAAAUUAUUUUUCAUUGUUCCAACUCCGAAUGUUAUAUUUGUGAAGCAAUGCUUUCUCCACUAGUGCGUAACAUCCCUUCGGCGGUAGUUUCCACGUCUCGUUAAGUUCCUUAUUAAGGAGAGCGGCACAAGUCUACUUGAAGGGAGCGAGAGGUGUGAGAGAUAUUUUUUUUCAGCCUCCCGACACCGUCGCAGAAGCAGCAUUUUUUUUGGAGGGGAUGAAGAUACUCUUCAGUCUUCAGUUACGUUUUUAUUGUACUGACAAAUAAAAAUCUGAGUUUGAAAAAUGGUGUUGUUUUUUCUUUCCUCUGAUCCUUGG